AUGGCCGAUCUAGUGAGACCCCGAUGAUGCUCCUCAGCUCAGAUGCUACUCGCUGACACCGCACUCUGUUCACGUACUGUUCAUCAGCUCGAGGAGCUGGAAAAUCGCCUCGAUAUUGAGCUCAAGAUCAAAGAUGGCGCCGAGAAUUUGCUGCUCGUGUUUAGCAGCGGGAACCACGCUGGGAUUCCAGGUCCACCGCUUGGCCAGUCGGCCAACGCUGGUCCAGGACCCAGCUCGGCGGCCAGCAUAAAAGGCAGAGAGGCGUUGCGGAAACAGGUGGAGAGGGAGCUAGAAGCUGCAGACAGAAAGAUAGAAGCUCUUGGUCGCCAGAUUGCAGAGUUGCGAGUUCGAGGUGAAUUGCGCUGCGAGUAGCACCGCUAGGCCUUCCCCACGCUAAAUCCCGCUCGCUCGCCCCGGCAGCCGUGUCACCUGCGCCCAGCACAACUCUGUCAGAAGCUUCCUACGGCUACACUCAACCAGGCAGUGCGCUGGGCUUGCAGUCCCCACGCGGCGGCACGUUGCCAAUGACGCAAAACCAAGAAGCUGUUAGGGCACCUCCCCUCUUUUACAAUGGUAGUCCGCGGGGCCAGUAUGCCACGGUUGCCUCUCAAGAUCGAUCGAUGUACAACACAGCGGGAUUGGACAAGUCUCCCAGUCUAGCUGGGCGAGAGUUGAUUACCGAAGCGUCAAGACGGAGCUCAGAGACGCAAAGAGGGGUCAAGCCGAGUAAGUGCGAUUCGCCGUACACGUCAUCACUAUACACACGCUUACUGAAUCCGUACUGUCACACGCAGUCGAGGACGCUGAAGCGGCACGCAACCAUGUGCAGGCAUUGAUGCGUAACCUCGCUCAGCUUUCAAAGUUGGCGUCCCUGACAGAUGAGUCUGGCGGCGCUGCAAAGGCGUCGAAUGGCAGCGAGUCAUUGUCGUCCAUGGGUCCACCAACUACGCCCUCGAUGACGCGAAGCGCCCAAAGAGCUAGAGCUGCCGCUAUGGCCAAGAGCGAAGCUCAUCAGAGAACUCCUAGCCAUGCGCAUGGUCUGGGAGAUCUUGCACGGCGCAGGCAAAGCGUGUUGACUCAGCUAGCAGGUUUGCUCCGCUGUAACGCCAGAGUGAGGUACGAGACGGAUCCUGAUGAGCUGCUAGAUUGGUGAGCGAGUUCGGCCCCUUUCAGACUGCCCCUCAAAAGCUCAUCGACUCUGGCGGUUGGCGCACGCAGCGUGCUGCCCUGCCUCUCGGACGGCUCUGGCAAGGAAGUGCGCGGAGCGGCCUAUCGGACUCUGCGCUGCGCUCUCAUCAGACCUCCUUGGGCUCUGAUCGCUCGAGCACGUUCCCGAGGUCUCGACAUCUUCUUGAUGCAGACUUUCAUUCGCGAUAACAGAUUCGAGUACGAGCGGGAACAAGCUCUGAAGCUCGUUCGCGCAAUCAUCGAUGCGGCAGUCUUGGAUGACUUUAGCCGCACCCCGGAUCAAGACGACAUCAUGAGCAGUGCCGUCAUCAGAGCUCUCGUAGCGGUAGCAGAGCAUCACAAUGACAAGCUCAGGCAUCUGUGUCUUGAAACUCUGAUGGAGCUUGGUGCGUCGGCCGUUUCAAAGAGAGGCGCUCUCGCCAUCCCUGCUUAGGCAUCCACCCCUUUGCAGCGCUCCACGACUUGCCGCUGCUGAUCAGAGGAGGUGGACUACGGUCGGUUUUGAAUGGGAUCGCGAAUGGGCCUCCUGAGUUAGCGCCUGCGCUUGCCCAAGCUGUCUUGCUGUUGGUCGACGUGCCUUCCACUCGCUGCCACUUUGCGCCCGGAAGCGAUGUUGAGGUGAGUGCACGAGCAUCAGGGCAGUGGGGCGCGAGGACCCACCCGGUGACCUCUAUCACUCUAUCUAUAGGUGGGCUUAUCAGGCUUCACAGAUGCACCCGCCGUCGAUGGAGUUGGUCAAAAUGAGAUGCUGCGCAUCACCUCCCAGGUAGUACUGGUCAUGCUGAGAUCGUGGACCGGUUUGCUCUACCUCUGCAACAAGAAGAGCCACGCUUUGAGGUCUCUUGUACUGGCUCUGCGAGUCAGCCGUCACAGUGUUCGCGAGGCGAUACUGGACAUGCUCCAACAGGCCUUUGCGGUCGGGCUGAGCAGCAAGAGUGGGCAAAAAGAACACGAGACUAGGCGAAGCACAAACACCGCCACCGCGCAGCGCUAUCCCUUUACCGGUGCUCAGCAGGAUCUAUCUGAAGAAGGACGUCGACGCCGCUUGCAUUUAGUCGACCACUAUCUCGCACUGCUUCUCGUCGUCAUGAUCGAUGCAGGUUUGCUUGACGCCGUCGUGCACGUGCUAGAGACGGCUCCGGAGCUCACAAGAAGCGCUUCGAUGCUCAUGGGUCAGCUUGUGCAGACCGCAGACCGCGUACUGCCUCGCAGCUAUGGCGCCGCCGUCCAUGCUUUCCCUCACCUCUUCACCAUGGUCUCACGCUUUGGAAGCGAGCAAGAUCGGCAGCGCGCUAUCGGCGCGCUGUCUGCCAUUGAGUCGCACGCCAGAUCACGAGCUCGUACGCGCAAUUCCAGGGACAGCACAUCUGCGCACGGGGUGCCUAGCAGCAUCCGACCUCGCAACCGCGCAGAUUCUGUGGAAGAUGCGCGCCGAAGAGGUGGAGAUAAUUCAAAGCCGAGACAGAUUGUCAUUCUCGACGAUGCCGAAUUUCGAAAUAGAAUUGUGGAUACGCAGGUGCUCAACACGCGCGACCACACACGCUGGAGCUUUGACAAGCUCAUGGAUCUUUUCGAGGGGCCCCUCAUGAAUGCCAAGAGGCUCGAAGAGGCGACAAGGAGCAUGAAAUUCGCUCGACGCAUCAUAGCCUUUUACCAGCCCUUUUCGCUUCGAUUUGCGACCAUCCCAAAGACGACUGCCAAUCUGCGCUGGAUCAGACUGGGUUGCGCACUCUUGACGACCUUAUCGUCGUGUCCUGAUGGGCUCAGAUUUCUGGCAGAGACGCGAUUCUUGCGAGAGGUUCGAGAAUGUCUAGAACAGCUGCUCCCUCUUGCACCUGCUGGCCAGGUGAUCGGCGCAGGCGAAGCGAUUUUCUCGCGCAUCCGAAUCGUCGAAACACUCACCGGCGGCUACUUUGAGAUGCUCGGCGUGCUGACAAAGACGCCUGAAGGCCUUCGCAUUCUGGAACAGAAUCACCUCUUUACCGCGCUCUACGCUCUCAGCGAGCUCAGAAGCCGCGACGAUCUUAUGCGCUUGAUGUUAGAAAAAUUCGACUACUCCAUCGAAGGACACGCUCGGAUACUGUUCUCAAAGGUCUUGACGUCGACCUACGAGCCAAUGCGCCUGUUUGCCACCCAACAUUUGGCCUCGCUGAUCAAGAAGAGUGUUCUACCGACACAUUGGGCGAUACGCCUGCUCCUCACUCAACUCUACGACCCUUCUCUUGAUGUGCGAGAAGAAGCUGCUCUCAUCCUCAAAGACAUUUGCAAAUCUACAGCGAUGCUCAACAUCGUCGUCUCUAUGAGCCCCGUACUGGAGCACUUGGGUGACUCGAGCCACGCGUUGCUGCUCAUGUUCAUGUCGACUUCUGUUGGAUUGCGAUAUCUACUGCAGGGAGGAUACAUUGAGAGGGAAAUGGACGACUGGUUCCAUCACCGCAAUCAGAGAUACGCCGUGCAGCUCGAAGUCUUACUCGCGCGCGCUUUCAGCAUUCACCAGGCAGAUGACGAUCCGAAGCUCCACGAAGAGUUUGACGGCACAGUCCCAACGCACUUCUACGGCGAGCUUGCCAAAACGCACGAAGGCUGCGAAGUUCUUUCCCGCAAGGGUCACUUUGCAGAGUUUGCGCGAUUCAUCCGCUUGCAUGGCAGCGAAUUUGAAGAUCUGGAGAUCAUCGCCAAGCUGAAGAGCAUUUUGUGGGCGGUCGUGAGUAGCGGAAGCCUUGCGGCAGUGACUCAGUCUCGAAAGAGCACGUCUUGCAGAUGACCGAAGCAGGCUGACCUCGAUCAUGUGCUCGCUUGCAUCAUGAAGGGCAACAUUGGUUCUACAGCUUGCGGACUCCCCUUUCUGGAGAAUGAAGACAUUAUCGCAGUCAUUGUCGACAUUGCCGAGACGUCUCUAGUGCUCUCGGUGCGUGGGUAAGUAUGCGUGUCCUCGCCCGCUCCACUGGCAUUUCUCUGACGUGCGUCUUUGUGACAAUCAGCACCUGCUUCUUCACUCUGGGCCUGAUCGCUUCUACGUCUCCGGGAGCCGAGCUGUUGCAGGACUUUGGAUGGGACUGUGCCUUCACCACAUUUGGCACUCCCAUCAGCCUUUGCGUGCCACGCAACCUUGAUGCUUUCGUCACGGUGAGUGGCGCCGAGCCGUUAGCAGCCCUUGCAGCCGAUGUUGACAUCAUCUGCACUGCAAACCAGAUCCCACCUUGGCAAGUCAAGACGAGUGCUGAUCUCAGGUACUUGGAGCUCAAGAAGCCGGACGGUGGCAUUGAAAGCGCAAUCAUGCUCUGUAUUUCAAAUUUGGGUAACUCGGUCCAAGCCAACAAAGCUUCGCGCUCGCUUGCAAAGUUGAGAGCCCAGCACCGAUUCAUGUUCCAAGACAGAUCGCUUUUCUGCCGAGCUCUGGAGUUGCUCGAGAGCCAUCACUAUCGCCAGCCGGUCAGAAAGUUCAUCUGGGAGCUUUUCAACGUUCGCCUUGACGAGCACCUUGCGCUUGACCUGCGCGACAUCCGCAAGCGACUCGCGGAUCGUAGCCGCACUGCUAGCUCGCAUCCACGCUCGAUGUCCACACUUCGACAUUUGCGGUCUAGCAGCGAUGGAGCUGGAACGAGGCCUGGCGCAUCGCUUCACGUCAACGGCGCUGCGCGAACUGCAUCUAGACAAGACGUGCUAGAAUCGGAAGAAGAGGAGGUCGAGCUGCUCUCCGAGGCCCCAGGCGAUCGCCGUGCUUCGAUCCUGGACGAUGAGGGAGACAUGACAGCAGAUGAAGACGAAUUGAACAGUCAAGCCUCCAUCAGCGUCAUGGCAGAGGGAGAAGACGUUGGCGACGACGCACUGCUCGAUGAGGGCAUACUCCGGGAUCUCGAUCUAGGUCCACAGGCAAAGUCACGCGUCAAGUCGUACGAACCUCCCACGCAAAGACUGCUGCCGCAUCAUCGCCUUGUGGGCGGCUUCAACACCGCAGACGAGGUGGCCGACAGUUUCCAGCCCUCCGGCCUGCUCGGCCCCAGAGUCUCGGCGUCGCGGACAUGA